CACCAAAAAAUAUUUCAAAUUGACAAAUUUUGAGCUCAUGCGAUAAAUAAAAAUUCUUCAAUCUCAAUCUCAUCAUACCAUACACACCCGAAACCAUUCAAACUUCCCACUCACCAAACCAGCCACGAACGAACGAAUUCUCUGCACCACAUACCUAGGUAGUAACCCAAUGCUAUGCUACCACCUCGACUAAACCCCACACUCUUGACCUCGGGCCUUGGAAUCCUCCCUCGCCAUCACACAUCUCUUCCCGCGCUGCUCAAUCACCAAGCGGGGUCGGCGCUCGCGCGGGGUAGAUUUUGGGAUUUGCGAAAGGGGGUUGGUUUUUAUGGUGAUAAUGGGGUAGGGAGAAACGCACACGUAUACGUACAUGUACAUGGACAUGUACGCAACGCCUCGUCGUCGUCUUCGUCAACGAGAUGGAAAAGUCGCCAGGGAAAGGAUGCCUGGGCUAGGGAGGCGAAGGUUAAGGGGUUGAGGAGUAGAGCGGCGUUUAAAUUGUUGGAGAUUGAUAAGAAGUAUAAGAUUUUUAAAAGGGGACAGACGGUGGUGGAUUUGGGAUAUGCGCCGGGAAGUUGGUCUCAGGUAGCAUACGAGCGCACCCAACCCCACGGCCGCAUCCUCGGCAUCGACAUCAUCCCCGCGCAGCCUCCCCAAGGCGUCUCCACCAUCCAAGGAAACUUUCUCUCCCGCCGGGUCCAAAAAUCCGUCAAGAAUUUCCUUCUCGAUCCCGAGCGCGGUCGUCCACGCAGACCUCUAUUCUCCACCCUCUCCUCCGAGGACCUCGAAAAUGACGAGGAUCCCGGCACCCUCGAUAUCGCCGCCUCGGAACCAAGUUACAUCGAUCUCGAACGACAGAUGGACGAUCACGAGUACGAGUACGAGCACGAUGCCGGGGAAACCCAGCCCUCGCAAUCGCAAUCGCAAUCGCACGAACGGCUGGAGUCCCCGGAACCAGAGAAAGACGCUUCGAAAAUGGUCCACGUAGUACUAAGUGACAUGUGCGCCCCCUGGGAGCAAACCACCGGUUUUUGGAAGAGAAGUCUGAGUGACCCGUAUAAUAGGAUGAUGAACACAACCGGUAUCAAGUUUUCCGAUCAUGCGGGGAGUAUGGAUCUCUGCAACGCGGCUCUGCAAUUUGCCUUCGAGACGCUGAGACCGGGGGGUCAUUUUGUGUGUAAAUUUUAUCAGGGCGCGGAGGAUAAAGAGCUGGAGUUGAAGCUGAAGAAAAUGUUUGCCGCGGUGCAUAGAGAAAAGCCGGAAUCAUCGAGGAGCGAAUCGAAGGAAGCAUACUUUGUAGCUCUUAGGCGGAAUGGGUACAAUGACGCUGCAAGUUUAGGUUAUGUCAACGAUGUGUAAGUAGAAACGAGUGAGAAUGUAAAUUGUAUAAUAGCACCUUCAACUUCUAUGGA